UAUACAGACACCCCGACUUACAGAUGUUAUCCUUUUGAAGCCCCCAAGAUGGCGAUGCUGGCGGAGCCCCGCAGAAAACAGAAGUGGUCAGUAGAUCCCCGAAACAGUUCUUGGAGUAAAGAUGAUUCAAAGUUUGGGCAAAAAAUGCUAGAAAAAAUGGGAUGGACAAAAGGAAAGGGCCUGGGAGUUAAUGAGCAAGGAGGAACUGAACACGUUAAAGUCCAAGUGAAGAACAACACGUUAGGACUGGGGACUUCUAAUAAUUAUGAGGACAACUGGAUUGCACAUCAAGAUGACUUCAACCAACUUCUUGCAGACUUGAACAGCUGUCACAGCCAAAAUGAAACUGAAGAUUCUCCAAAAACAGAAAGUUUCAGCCUAGAGCAAAAAUCAAAGUCUUCACGGAAGAGAGUCCAUUAUAUGAAAUUCACAAAAGGAAAGGAUUUGUCUAACCGCAGUGAGACUGACCUGGAUUGUAUCUUUGGAAAGAGAAAGAAGAAGAAUAAUGAGCAGAAUGCUGAGAGCAGCGGUUCAGAGUCCCAAAGCAGAGAAGACAACGUGAAAGGGACGACCAGCAGCGUGAACAGCUGUUCUGAUUCCGAAGAGACCCCCAACACGGUAACCAGCACACUGACGGUACAAGAGUACUUCGCACAGCAGAUGAGUCGCCUCAAGAAGACCAGAAGGGAGGAACCGCCAGACGCCACAAGUUGCAACCCCACCACUCACCCACCUCCCUCAACCCCUGAAGAAGGUCCAAGUAAACCAAGAAAGAAGAAGAAGAAACAAAGCAAAGAAGAAGUGGAGGAGCAGAAAUAUGAGAGUGGAGUGUUGGAAACAGACCUGCAGACCGAAGAAAAUGGCGUGUGCAUCCGCAAGAAGAGUCGAAAAUCAAAACGUCGAGCUUCCGACGGCGAACACAACGAUGGCGCGGCGGAGGGGCAGAAUGAGGGAGGUGGUAGCUGCCAUAACACAAUGCAGGAGACGCUAAGAGAGACCAAGAAGAAGAAGAAGUUGAAAAAAGACAAGAAGAAGAAGGAGGAGGAAGUCUUAGCAUUUUAUCUUCAGGAUCGGAAAGGGAAAAAACUGCAGCCUGACGGUGACGGAAAAGAACGGUGACGAUGGCCUUAAGCAGUUUGGUAAAACUUUUUAACAAGGUGCUCUUCAGAGAGAUUUGUGUAACUCACGAUCUGCCACAACAUGAAUUUAACAUUUUUUUUUUUUUAAUAGAAUUACGGUUUGUCCACUGGAGGGCGCCAUACGCUAUGAGCUAACCCAGACCUUUGCCUUUCCUUAUUGUACCUUAAUGGCCUUGUACGUUUUUUGUUUUUCUUCAUCCGAUGCUCGUAAUUUUCCCUUUUAAGAGAUUUCAGAUGAUAGGAAUGAAAUUCUAAUCGCCCAACGCUUACGACAUCCCCAACAUGUCCGUGCUCGCGGAAAUUCUUUGAAAAUCCCCAAUAAAGUGAUAUCUGGAAAUGC